AUGCUGACAAUAGGAAUGAAGCGGAAGUUUGAUGAGCUGCUGGAGCUAGCAGAGAGAGGUGACCACCGCCACAUUGACAUGUUGGUCCGGGACAUCUAUGGUGGGGAUUACCACACACUUGGUCUACCUGGGGACCUCAUUGCUUCCUCCUUCGGGAAAGCUGCCUACUUAUCCCGUAUGUCUCAACUCUACACUUUUGAGACUUCCUGUGUGAUAUUUGUUUCUUUAAUGUCCAAGGUCUUCGGUAUCGAGGGGAAGGGGUUGGAGUAUAAUGAAGCAGAUGUGGCCCGAAGUCUUCUCUUCACCAUCAGCAAUGAUAUUGGCCAGAUUUCAUGCCUUUAUGCCAUCCAGCACUCACUCAAAGAUGUGUACUUUGGAGGGUAUUUUCUCAGAGGACACCCUUUGAGCAUGCACACCAUCAGCUAUGCUAUAAACUACUGGGGUAAAGGACAGGUAAGAGCAUUGUUCCUCAGACAUGAGGGAUACCUUGGUGCCAUUGGUGCCUUCCUCAAGGGUGCCCAUGAGGAUCCAGAGAAGUACUCAUGGUCAGAGAAUUAUGCUGGAAGCUCUGGAUUGCGAAGCCCCAUACCCAUGCAGCUCCUCAAUCCCAAGUAUUCAGUAUCAAUGGAUCAACUAGAGAUGGAUCAAUUCCACAUGCAGCUUUCCUUCUGUCCUCUCCUGGCGAAUCCCCACAUUUACAAACCUGACACAGUGGAUCUCAAUCAGGACACUCAGGCCAGGGAAUACUGGCUGCAGUUGUUUGAGGAAACAGUGGAUGGGUUCAUUGAGGAGGCUGUCAGGAGUCAGGCUGAGACUCCAGAUUCUGUAUUCUUGUCGUCCAGUGCAUAUGGGAAGCUGACAGUACGCUCUCUACUGGACAUGCGGGAGCACAUGCUGAACGAGAGCGAAUUUGAUGAUCCGUACCUGUUGAGGAAGCAAGAGGAGAAUGAGGCAGCACUCAAGAGCCUGGCAUCACGCCUCAAAUACCUGGAUGCGCUGGGGUAUCAGGAGAGGCAGGUGAGACUCAUCGAAGGAAUCCUUGCCGGCAAUGUUUUCGACUGGGGUGCCAAGGAAGUUGCUGCAUGCCUUCGCCAGGGCAACUUCCACUUCGAUGAUGCUCACCAGUCCCUCCAGAAACGUCCGUGGCUGAUGGACGACCUAGACGUGUGGAUGAGGCGCCGGGAGGAAGGACCUUCAUAUCGUUGCGUGGCCGUAUUCGUGGACAACAGUGGGAUGGACAUCAUCCUCGGGGUGAUCCCCUUCGUCCGUGACUUCCUCUCCGCCGGAUCUCAGGUGCUGCUAUGUGCUAACAGUGCCCCGGCGCUUAACGACGUCACCUACCGAGAGCUGAAGGUCCUUAUGGAGGAUGUGGCGAAAGUGUGUCCUGUUAUCAAAGAUGCUCUUGCUCAAGGAAUUCUCUCUAUUUUGGAGUCAGGUCAAGGGAGUCCCUGCCUCGACCUCAGCCGGUUAAGUCGGGAGUUAUGCGAGGCGAUGGAGUCCCGGGGAGUGGACUUGGUGGUCCUGGAAGGAAUGGGGAGAGCGGUACACACCAACUUUCAUGCGGAGUUCACCUGCGACACACUCCACUUGGCGGUGAUCAAGAAUCGUUGGCUUGCCCAACGUCUCGGUGGCGACAUGUACGCGAUCAUCUGCCUCUUCCGACAACCCACCCUAUCCUGACUUUUCCCAUCCUGUUGUGAUAUCAUACCUCCUCGAAAAUCUGCUUUCAUAUUCUUUGAGUUGGCGGUGACCAUAGUGGAG